AUGGCACCUUCGGCCCCUUUCAAUCCACCGGCUGCCGACCUCCCAGGCAAGCCCUUUGUCCCAGAAUGGGUUCCACCACCCGUCACACAACAGAAAGAGAACUUCGCCGAAUUGAGCUCUAUCGAUCUUUCGUUGCUUGACUCAGAAGAUCCCGCUGUAGUCGACAGCCUUGUACAGCGGGUAAAGAGGGCUAUUCGCGAUGAAGGUUUCCUCUUCCUCGAGAAUUACGGCAUCUCGCUUGAGCAGCUACACCGGCAGUUCGCCAUUGCACAGUAUCUCUACCACAAUAUCAGUGAAGAAGACAAGGAACGGCUUCUGUUCGACCCUGAGACAGGUGUCUGGUCCGGAUAUAAGCACCCAUACGGUUUCAAGCGUCACCGAGGUCCUGCAGAUGGGAUCGAGCAGUUCAACUGGUACAAACCCGAUUGGGAAUCUCUCGAUCGCAGUCCCAGCUGCGUUCACCCUUUUAUGGACGAAAUCCGCGCCUUUUGCGAAUAUCUCACUGAAUCUGUCAACCGCCGGCUCCUGACCCUCUUCUCGCGCGUACUCGAACUACCUGACGACUACCUUUGGGAGAAUGUUCAGUCACACGGCAGCCCAACAGGCGAAGGUUACUUCCGUCAUGCUCUGUUCCGACCUGUACAGAAGUCUACCGAGGAAGCGUCCAAAGGUCUGCGCAUGCAUGGUCACACUGACUUCGGUCUGACGACGCUAUUGUUUAGCGUACCCAUCAGCUGCUUGCAGAUCUGGGGCCAAGAUGAGAAGUGGUACUACGUCCCGUACAAGCCUGGGGCACUAGUCAUCAACAUCGGCGACACGCUUGAGAUUGUAUCUGGCGGACACUUCAAAGCUACGCGUCACAGGGUGUUCAAGCCCCCUGUUGACCAGCUACAACAGGAAAGACUCUCUCUUGUUCUGUUCAAUAGCUCGUUGGGAGAAAUGCGCAUGUCCCCUGCCUACGACUCUCCUCUCAUCCAGCGCGAGGGCUGUGUCGAGGAACAAGGCAUUUACAAAGAGUUCAAGAAGCGAACUGCAGGUGGCGAGCUUGCUCCCACGAACAAACAAUGGCGUGAGAUACAGAUCUCGACUGCUACAGACCCGACGGAUACUGAGCAUAACCGCGUUGGCGUGCACCAGACAAUUAUCGAUGGGAAGUUGAUGCAUACCCGGGAGUACAUGGGCAUGAGGGUUGUGCUUCCGGUGUAG